UUCACCUGUUACGGGGUGUGGCCGGAGAUGACUGCAGGCUCAGGUAGUGUAGUCACCGCAUACGCUGUUCAGGACGACACAAUGAACAGUGGUGUUUUAGUUUAACGUUAACGGAUAGGCCCCUUUUUUUGUUCUAUUCUUUCUUAUUUUUAGGCCUAGUUAUUCAUUUAUUUUUGUCAUUCGAGGAGUUUUGUUUGGCACUAAUUAUUCGCAGCCCAAGGUUGUUUUUUUUGUGUCAUCAUGGGGAGAUUAGCUGCUGCUGCCCUCCUCCUGCUGUCGCUUCUGAAAGUGUCGGUGUGUGUUCAGGUGAUUGUUCCUCAGAAGCAGCUCAGCACAGCUCUGUUUGCCGCUGUGACCAUCCGGUGUGACUACUCCACCUCUGCAAACAUCCAAAAUGUUCUGGUCACCUGGAGGUUCAAGUCCUUCUGCAUGGACCCCGUGCUGGAUUACUACUCCACAGCGUACCAGUCUCAACUCCAGAUGGGACAGGACCCGACGAAUGACUGUCCAGACAGUCAGCGGACGGUGCGCUCAGUGAUCCAGAAGUCAGGAAACAGCGAGCCGACGCUGGGACCGGAAUACAGUCAACGCAAGAUCACCAUCCAAAAUAGUGAGCAGACCUUGGUGAUCAGCGAGGUGAUGUGGUGGGACAACGGGGUGUACUAUUGCUCCGUCAAUGCUGCUGGAGACACCUCUGGAGACUCUGACCAAGAAGUCAAUCUCAUUGUUUACGGCUGGCUAACAGUGUUGGCCAUGAUCAUCGGAGCCCUCAUUCUAAUCCUCCUCUUCUGUAUAUGCUGCUGUCAGUGCUGCCCUCAGAAAUGCUGCUGCUAUGUUCGCUGUCCCUGCUGUCCACAGCAAUGCUGCUGUCCUGAAAAAGCGGUGAUGCAGCAUCGUAUGAUGAAGGACGCUCGGAGGGCCAUGGGUCCCUGGUUUGGAGGACAGCCGGUAUAUGGACCAAUGAGCAACGCCUCAUCCCAGAUGAACCCACUGCUCUACCAAGGAUCUGUUUCAGGAAAGAGCAUCCAGAUGCAGCCCAUGCCCCUCCCUCCUCCUCAUUAUUCAGCUUACAGCAUGCCCCCUCCCAGUGUCCAUGGCAACCACACCCCUGCCAUGCUGGACUACCUAGAGAGCCAGGUGAAGGGGAUAGACAUGGCCAGUCCUAUGCUUCAGUCCCAGCCUCCUCCACCCCACCACAUGCAGCAGAUGCCUCCUCCACCCCACCACAUGCAGCAGAUGCCUCCUCCACCCCACCACAUGCAGCAGAUGCCACCCCUACAGCAGAGGCCCAUGACCAUCCCAUUUUCCCCCGGCCCUCCCAGCAUGAUCUCUGCCCUUGAUGAGGGCCCAACAGAGCGCCGUGUCAUCACACUUCCACCAAUAAGAGAGCAGCAGGUCAGAAUCCAACCUUCUGCGCCCAAGACUCGGCCCCCGAGCUCCAGCGAGAGCAGCCGCAGCGGCUUUGGCCGUCGUGACGACCGAGGAUCAGCAGGCAGGCGCCAGCCCUCACCCGCGCGUUCUAGAGGUGUUCCCAGGAGCUACAGCCAGGACUCCCUGGAUGGGCGCAGUCGCGGCGGGCCACGAGGAGGCAUGGACCGCCCCCGCUCCCGCUCCAGGGACGACCUGUUUGACAGCAGGUCCAGAGGAAACUACUCUCCCCCAGCAUCGCAGCGCUCCAGAAGAGGGUCCUGGAGCUCGGAUGAUGAAGGCAGCAGCAGGAGAGGAGGAGGGACUAGAGGAGGUGGAGGCUGGGUUGAAAAAUCUCCCAGCUACAAGGAGUACGAACCGGGACAGAAACCAGGAUCACGGAGGAUUGAACACUACUCUGACAAGAGUUCUCGCAGUGGCACCAGCGUCGUCAUCUGAGCCCUCCAGCUGAACGCCCUGCGACCUCUGUUUCAGAGAACAAGCACACCUCACUAGAUCUGGGAGCCUUCUUGUAUGGCUACUGGUAAACUUUUAAAUAUCAACGUUUUGUUAUGUUUUUAAAUUAAUCAUGAAUCAACUUUUUUUUUUAUCACCGUCUUGAUAUGCAGAAGUAUUCAUAAAAUGUGCGAUUGACAAUCUCGAGAUUGGCAAUAAUCCUCCUUCUCAAAGUGUGCAUGUGAUAAAGAAAAUGUUCGAUGUCAGUAAAGAAAACUAUUUAGUAGCUCCUCAUUUUUUUUUUUUAAUAUUUUUUUAAGAAAACUGUGCAGGUCUUCUACUAAAAGGGGAAUUUUUGAGAUAAUGUUUCCCUCUGCUGGUUUAUCAGUGUAAUGUAAAUUACAGUAGAUUUGGACUAAAAGCCUCAGGUUAGAUUAUUUUUUAUAUGUGGCUUUAAUGGAUGUUUCUCCUCUUAAAACAUAUUUGCUUGGCAGGAACACAGUUAGUUCUUAUAUUUGAUAAAGCCAUAAAACAUUAAGUGCCAAAGAAAUGAUGCUCAGGGCCAGUAACUAUAAGCAAAUUACAAUUCUUACAUUAGAACUAUAUAAACCUACAUAAAUAUGAAUAGGCUACUGUGGAUGCUGGAAUUAGUUUUAAGCUAUAUAAUUUUUGUAAAUAGUUAUCAGUGUUUCCCACAAUAGAAUAGAAAGCUAUUUGUGGGGUGUUGCCCCGUGUCACCGAGGGGGUGAGGGAAGGAAUACUUAUACUUAUUUUUAGACACGCUGUUGGAUGCUGUACUCCUAUCCUACUUCAAUGCCUAACGAAUCUAUCUCUUAAUCUCCCUGACCCCGUCUUUCACUGGUUGAAGCCUGAAAAUAUUGUAAACAAAUUAAUAACAGAACUAAUUACACUGGUCGGACUGUUCAGCUCCGUUUCAGACCGAUACCUCCGGUUUAGGCUGGUCCUCAUCCUCAACACGUGCCUUUUUCAGUCGCGGAAAAUACUUUUCAAUACUCAUCUGGAUUGA